UGCUAAUGAAAGCGCUGUGGGCAGUGUGUGUGCUGCUGCUGCAGGCAUGCAGUGCUAUCAGUGCUCACUGGGCUUUUAAAAGGUAUGUUCCCCAGAUGACAACCCUACAAUGGAGUGACCUGGAAACAUAGAUAACACAGAAUCACAAUGUCAUCUCUACAGCUGCCUUGGAUUUUUGGUUUCUACUUUUCUACACUGAUGCUCAUCCAAGUCAGAAUGACUCUGUGUGUGGAUAUUGAAGCUCAGUGUUCCUCUCCUCAAUGCAACGGAAACCUGUCAUGUUCUUCAACUGAGGAUUGCAUUGGUACCAAAGAUCCUUGCCUCUCAAACCCAUGUUCACGGAAUGCCAAGUGCCAGGUUAUUUCUUUUGUUACACAGACAUAUGUGUGCCAGUGUCCAGUGGGGUUCACAGGAGAGAAAUGUGAUAUCCAUCUGAAAAGAUGCUCCAGGAACCCUUGUGGCAAUGGAGGUGAAUGCUAUGUUGGUAUUGAUGGUUUCAUUUGUACUUGCACUGCGGGAUACAAGGGAAAACUCUGCGAGACACCGGAAGAUGAGUGCCUUUGGAAUCCCUGCCAAAAUGGAGCUGUGUGCAGGAACCGCAGGGAUGAAUAUGCUUGUUAUUGUGUUCCUGGCUUCCAGGGGCCCCUGUGUGACAUUGAGGUGGAUGAAUGUAUAUCUCAACCCUGCCACCAUGGGGCCAUAUGUCUGAACCAGAUUGGGAAGUACACCUGCAUGUGCCCACCACAGUACACAGGUAGAGACUGUGAGCUGGAAGCUGAUGAGUGUGCAUCACAGCCGUGCCUGAAUGGGGCUACAUGUCAUGAUUUCAUUGGCUCUUUCAAUUGUACCUGUCCUCCUGGGUUUGAAGGUGACCUGUGCCAGUUCAAUAUUGAUGAGUGUGCCAGCUAUCCGUGCCUUAAUGGGGGACUCUGCAUCGAUGGAGACAACGGGUACACAUGUGAAUGUAACAUGGUGGGGUUCAUCGGUAUGCACUGUGAGAUGCCUGUGUCAAUGUGCGAGUACAAGCCCUGUCACAAUAAUGCCACUUGCCUGGAAGGUUCUGCCAAGUUUACAUGCCUUUGUUUGCCAGGCUACACAGGUUCUUUGUGUGAGAUGGAUAUAAGUGAGUGCAGCAGCCAACCCUGUCAGUUUGACUCCGAGUGUGUAGAGUUGGCUCGGCCAGCAAUGGGAACAUACAAUGAACACGCUGGAUACAUAUGCAAAUGCAGAAAGGGGUUAACCGGAGUUCACUGUGAGACAGAUAUCAAUGAGUGUGAGUCAAAACCGUGUCAAAAUGGAGGCACCUGUGAGAAUCUUCAUGGCGGCUAUACCUGUCAUUGCAAGACGCACGCAGACGUAGCAGGGAAAUAUUAUGGUGGGAGAGACUGCAAAGAGCUCCUUUUUGGCUGUGCCAGUCAUAGGUGCCAUAAUGGUGGCACUUGCAUUCCACAGUUAAAAGAAGGGGAACACUCUCAUUACUGUUUGUGCCCAGAAGGCUAUGCAGGCCCAAGCUGCCAGGCACAGACCACUUUUUCUUUCAAUGGCAAGUCUGUCCUUCCCAUACACAGAAACCGUUCUCAGACCCGGGGGGAUCAUCUCUUCAACAUAUCUCUGAGUUUCCAGACUGUGCAGACCUCAGCUGUAAUAUUCCACAUGGGAGCCCAGAACACAUCUGUCAGACUAUACCUACAGAACAGUUACAUACAUCUUGCUUCUGAAGUCAACUGUCAGAUAAACAGCCUGCUACAUUUGCCUCACAAUGUCAGUGAUGACCGGUGGCAUGCUGUGGCAGUAACCCUCACCGACGUGCUCACUCUCACACUACUGGAUGCCCAAUGCAAUAUAAGGUGUACUGUGAACUCUGAUCACAUUAUAAGCACUCAUUUAAGAGACUCUGUCUUCCAGCAAAUGCUGCUGGGUGGUGAACCGGCGGUAAGGACAGCAGCAGAGAAUAAUAAUGAUGCUAAUAAUGCGGAGGAAAUGCAGGCUUGGUUUGUGGGCUGCCUGCGGGAUUUCAGAAUAGAUUCAGCCUUUGUUACAGAUGAAAGUGUAACAGUGGGUGACAUUGAUGUUGGAUGCAAGAGGAGAAACCAGUGUGAAAGGCAGCCGUGUCAGAACAGAGGCCGGUGCAUCAACCUAUGGCUGGGCUACCGCUGUGACUGCUUCAGGCCCUACAGGGGGCGCAACUGCUCUUCAGAAUAUGAAUCGGGUAGAUUUGGGCAAAGACAGCAGACAUCCUAUGCUGCUUUCCAAGUUGAUAUUGAUCAGAGUGAAGAGAUAACUAUAUCUGCAUUCUUUAGGACCCGCCACCGUUCAGGAAUAUUGCUGUCCCUGGGAAACAGCACUAACUAUCAUUCUGUAAUAUCAUUAGAUGGUGGAAUAGUGACAAUGAAGACAAUCAGUAAUGUUCUCCUGAAGGCAAAUUACACCAUCAAUAAUGGGAAUUUCCACCUCGUCUCUCUGAAGCUGGCACAAACUAAAAUGGAGAUGUUUGUGUCAUUAAAGUCAGUGGGACAGAUAGACAUGGGCCUGACCAGAGUCCACUCCACCAGUGUCCUGUAUGUUGGAGGACUGGCCGAUGAAAAGGAAACCACAAAGCACGGAGGUUACUUUAUGGGCUGUGUUCAAGAUUUGAGGAUUGCAGAGACCCAUCUGGAGUUCUUUCCCAGUUCAGAAUCAUCUACUGUUGGGAACAUUACUGUCAGCAAUGUGACUCAGGGCUGUAAGAGUGACAGUGAAUGCAAUCCCAGCACAUGCCACAAUGGAGGUAUUUGUUAUCCUGUCUGGGAUGACUUUGUCUGCAGCUGUCCACCGAAUACCACAGGAAAAGCUUGUGAGGACCUAAUGUGGUGCCAACUCACCCAGUGCCCCCCAGGAUCUGUGUGCCAGACUGUGCCCAGUGGGUAUGAAUGUACAACCAGUGUUGUUUUCAAUGGCACUAGCCAUGGAGUCAUGUACAGAAGCAACGGUAAAAUUGCAAGAGAUCUAACCAAUGUGACCCUGCAAUUCCGCACCCAAGCAUCAGAGUCAAUUCUCCUGUAUGCAGAGCAAGAGCCAGACAUUCUUACCAUUGCUAUUCAGAGGUCCCGCCUGCUGUUCCAUCUGCAGAGUGGCAAUAGCCUUGAUGCUGUCAGCCUGUAUGGCGCAGAGCUGGUGAAUGACAACCAGUGGCACAAUAUCACUCUGUCAAUGACUACUCCUGAAUCUCAUUCCUCACAUUGGCAAAUGGCAUUGGAUGGGAAGAUGGACAUAAUCAGUUUAUUUCCCACUGGAAACCUUAACUUUCUUCGAGAGGGGACAGAUAUUUAUUUAGGAAUAAACGGUAAAGAUGGGAAUCUGCACUUCCUUGGGUGCCUGGGUAUGGUGCAGAUUGGCGGAAUAUACCUGUCGUAUUUCGGCGAUGACGAUUACCAAGUGACUAGGCCACAGAAAGAGCAGUUUAUUAGGGUCUCAGCCGUGAGUGUUGGCAUUGACUGCCUGAGCUCAGAAUCCUGUGUUUCCCAACACUGCAUGCAUGGAGACAACUGUCGUGGGGGUUUUACCCACCCCAUAUGUACAUGCCCCCCCGGAAGAACUGGAGCCUUCUGUGAAACAUAUACCAAUAAAUGUCACUCCAGCCCUUGUCUGCAUGGUAACUGCACUGAUACUAUCACAGGAUACUUAUGUAAGUGUCAGGUUGGUUAUUCUGGGAUUAACUGUGAUAUUCACAACUGCCAGGAUCACCAGUGUGCUACCGGCGCCACCUGCAUUGGUCAAGCGUAUGGGUACUCCUGUCUGUGCCCAGCGAAUGUCACUGGAGUACUGUGCAGUGUGUCCUCACCAUCUGAAGCAUCAUCUCUCAACUUGGUAAGAAUAUACAACAGGUUGCCAUCCACCAUUUGUGGGAAUGGGAAGAAAAAUAUCACCUGCUAUAACCGCAGCAAUUGCACAGAAGAGAGAGGGGAGCUGGGGUGUGCAUGCUUGCCUGGGUUUGUGGGUGAGAGGUGUGAAAUCGAUGUUGAUGAGUGUGAAUCCAACCCCUGCCUGAAUGGAGGGCUCUGCCAGAACCUGCCCAAUCGCUUCCACUGUAUCUGUGACCUGAACUUUGCUGGGGAACACUGUGAGAUUGACCUGUCAGAUUUCUUGCCUCCUGGCGUUUUCACUGCUGUGGCCUCCGUGGUGCUGGCGCUGUUCUUUAUUGUCUGCGCAGGACUCUGCAUCUUUAUUGCGAUUUCAGGCAUGAGAUCCAGCCAAGGAGCCUAUAGCCCCAGUCGCCAGGAAAAGGAAAGCUCUCGGGUGGAGAUGUGGAACAUUGUCCAGCCACCUCCAUUAGAAAGACUCAUCUGAUACAACUAAUUAUUUUCUAAUUCUGUUUUGCUUUGUGAGUCCCCACCUGCCUUGCUGCUCAGGACACCUGUUUGGUUACAAGAACUUUACAUAUAAUCAUUUUUAAUUAUGUUAUUAUUACUUGUGUUUUUUUUACUACUAUUUUUUUACCCAAUGCGCUUUGAGGAUCCAUGUAGGGACCUUGUUCUUAGUUUCUAAUUAGAAUAUUCGUGCCUUUCUCAAAUACAUCAGACAAAUAUAUGUUUGAUUAAUGACUUCUGGGAAUUAAGAGUUGUUGCAGGUAUAAAACCUUCAUUCUGUUUUGCUAAAGCAGUUUAUAGAUGUCAUUCUGCAGGACACAAAGAAUGAAGAAUGGUUUGAAACAAAGAUGAAUGAGAUGGAGUGCUGUACUGACCUGAUUCUUAUCCUUUUCUGCCACAUACCUGCCGUGGAUCUGUAAACCAACAUUUCCAACAUUUCCCAUCAGUUUAACCUUUUGUGUAGGAAGGUGUCAGCCAUGGCUGGUCAUGGAUAUUACAACCCCUUGAGAAUUCAGAAUACAGUUCCAUUUUUAACUUGAAGUUAAGUCCAUGACACCAUUUUCAGUACUUUGAUAUACAGUGAUAAACAGCAAAGCAAUUUUGUACUUGAAUAACAGACAAUGUAUGACUUAUGCUGGGCACUCAGGGCAAAUGAAUGGCUAUCCUGCAAGCUGAAGGCAAGCUUUACCAUACCCUGGCAUUGUGUGCUAACAAUAAAUCUACCUAUGGUCUC